AUGGUGUCUUCCUACCCUUUACCGGAUGGUUUCUCAGACUUCGAUGUAUUCUCUUUGGGAUCUUGUCUGCUAGUGGAGGGUCUUCUGGGAUUCUUCCUGAAUGCUGUGACAGUCGCUGCUUUCCUCAAAAUAAGAGAACUGAGAACCCCCAGCAAUUUCCUAGUCUUGAGUUUGGCAUUAGCCGAUAUGGGCAUCUCUGCGAACGCAACCAUUGCCGCUUUCUCCAGUUUUCUGAGGUACUGGCCCUAUGGCUCAGAUGGCUGCCAGACUCAUGGCUUCCAGGGUUUCGUGACAGCUCUCGCCAGCAUCCACUUCAUUGCUGCCAUUGCAUGGGCCAGAUACCACCAGUACUGCACAAGGACAAAGCUACAGUGGAGCAGUGCCAUCACUCUGGCUAUUUUCAUCUGGCUGUUUACCGCCUUCUGGUCCGCCAUGCCCCUCAUCGGCUGGGGAGAGUAUGACUACGAACCCCUCAGGACAUGCUGUACCCUUGACUACAGCAAAGGAGACAGCAACUAUGCAUCCUACCUAAUCCCCAUGGCCAUUUUCAACAUGGCCAUCCAGACCUUUGUUGUCAUGUCCUCCUACCAGUCCAUCGGCCAGAAAUUCAAGAAGACUGGAAACCCCAGGUUUAACACUGCCACUCCCCUGAAGACAUUUUUGUUCUGCUGGGGACCCUAUGGAGUCCUGGCCUUCUACGCUGCUGUUGAGAAUGCCAACUUGGUCUCUCCCAAAAUUAGGAUGUUGGCUCCUAUUCUGGCAAAGACCUCUCCCACCUUCAACGUUUUCGUGUACGCCCUGGGCAAUGAGAACUACAGUGGAGGCAUCUGGCAGUUCCUCACUGGGGAAAAGACUGAAGUGCCUCAAAUUGAGAACAAGUUCAAAUAA